AUGGCCCAGAUCAGAGCCCCUGUUAUUGUGCUGCUCGUGCUCCUGGCUGUGGGGCUGUUUGCUGCCCAGGUUUCUGCAGCUAAACAAGGCUGUUGUACGAGUUACUCCCAGGGUAGGAUAGACAUUGGUCUUAUCCAUGGCUUUUCCAUACAGACAGUGAAUGACGGGUGCAACAUUGACGCUAUCAUUUUCCACACUGUCAGAGGAAGAUUCACAUGUAUGGAUCCCACCAAGGGCUGGGUUAUGAAAGCUGUUCGCAAGCUGAGGGAGAGAGCGGAACGAUUGAACAAGAAAAGGUCAUAGGAAUAGUUCUCAUCACAAGGGUACACGGGACGAAGAGUUUGUGUUGCUAUCUUCAUUGACGGAGGAGAAUGCAAACAUGCUGGAACCCUGCUAUCUCUAAGUUUAUCCAACUACCUGAAUUUUAUCAGACAUUUCUCUGUGCUGAAAAGUAUAAUAAAUGAAGAAUAUAAGCAACGCGGAGCACCUGGACACAGCCCUGAGCCAUGGUAUAUUGGCCACAUAUGACAAACCCCGAGGAGCCUUAUUGCUAUUAUAAACUGGUUACCAACAUAAUUAGAGCAGUAAAAAUAUGAUUCAUUGUCAUACCGAUAGUAUAGGGUCUGACAUACUACAGCUGUCAGCCAAUCAGCAUUCAGGGCUGGAACCACCUAAUUUAUUAUUUUACAUAACCUAUUUGAA